AUGUCUAAGCUAAGAAAUCGUGUUGCUCUUUGGCCUCCCAAGGGCCAAUCUUGGAGCGGUGUCACACUGGACGAUGCCAAUAUCACUCUUUGCCAGUCAUGCAAGGUGAGCAUCUGCUGGCAGGGCGUGGGGGUCUGUGUUGGAUGCGCCUCCGGACUUGAACGGCCCCUCCCCAGCAAGUUCUUGAGGAAGCUGCGUGAAGAGCUUGCAUGCCGCGACGCCACUGUAGCACUGCGGUCCAUAGAUGGAAGUGGACGAGUCGUGCAUCACGGAGGGGUGGAGCGGCCCGGAAGGUGUGAAGACAAGUCCCGCAGGGCUGAUUUGUGCGACACCAUCUCACUGUACGCACUGAAGAACGGUUGGGCAUCCUGGGGGCUUGACAAUGCUGUGAAACAGUUGCGUGAGCCUGAAGGGUCAGGCUCUGCUGCUAUUGGUGUGUAUAAGCGCCAGCAGCCCAUCGAGGACGACGCCGGACCCAUGAGACACUGGUGUUCCUGCGGCAAUCGGAAGCACGAAUCGAGUGGCCAGUCCCAGGCGGUGCUGAUUGAGGUGGCCAUUGCGAAGUUAACAAGCCAACCAGAGGAGACGUCUGCAGCUCAGCUCAGAGCAUCGGCGAAAAAGCGCAGAUCGCUGAAGAAGCAGCCUGUUGAGACUUCAAGACAGCUGAGGUCAGCCACCAGACGGAUCAAAGCAUUCAACAGCCAGCCCGGAGCUGCAAACGGUGCCUCAAACGGCACUUCAAAUGGCACUUCAAAUGGCACAUCAAAUGGCGCUCCAAAACCAGACAAGGAGUCUUCCCGAGCGCUCACAAAGGAAAAAAUCGACUUUGCUUAUGAGCGCUGCAUGUGGUCGGGAGCGACGCCGGAAAUCUUCGCGGAUAUAAUGUGGCUGGCCGGGCCGGGCCGCAGUCACAUCGCUAAAGAAGCCGGCAAGGCCAGCGAGGAAAUCGCCAAGGGCGCGCGAGGCUCGGUCGAGACGGUGCUGCUGCACUAUUUCUUUCUGAACAACCACGUCAACACGCUGGAGCAAGGCCUGGAGCUGCUGCUGCUCGGCGUCUAUCUCACGGCCCUGGACCACGGCCUUGUCCGGGACAGCGACUUCACAGAGUUUGCCGGCGAUCUUGCGCGCCAUACGAAUACGGGCCGCUUCACGAUUUCCUUCAUCGAGCUCGUGGUCCAGUUCGGGUCGUCCAUCCUGGACUGGCACGCCGGAUGCAUCUCGACGCUGGGCCUGAUGCGCGGCCUGGAGCUGCGCUCUUGGGUGUACGGCGUCCAGUGGGAUGCCAUCAUGCACUACGAGCUCGGCAGCGAGGAGGACUGGCAAGAGAAGCUGCCGUCGUGGAUGUGCGUCGCAGCAGCGCUCGGCCAUGACGUGGGCGACCUCUGCGCGGAUACCCGGCUGGGCUCUACGGACAACUGCUACUUUGCGGUGGGUGCCGUGGCUGGAUACGAGGGUGUUGCCGCCUGCAUGGAUAUCUUGUGCGACGCGCUCGAGGCUGUCGUGCUCCGCGAUACGCGCGGCAAGAUUGAUAUUGGGUGCAUUGCCGGCAGUGCCUGUGCCACCUUUGAGCGGUCUGGUGGAGACCUGUGUGCGUGCCCCGGCGAUGAGACGAGCUCGCCAGAUUCGUGUGAGGGCAUGGGCCUGCUCUCCAACCUGUGCCGCGACCGUCGAAUUAGCCCUGGCGAUGCGGCUGACCUGCUGGGCCUGAGGGAUUCGGUGAGGCAGCGAUGUCAGGAACUGCCCCGACCUAGGCGAGCCCGCACAGCCCAUCUCGACCAUGAAGAGCGCGAGCAGGUUUAUGCAGAGGCUUUGAGGGUCAUGGGAACAGGCGAGAGCGGCAAGUCCGCCCAUGCACGAAUGCAGCUGGCAUACUCGAGCGCCGCCAAGGAUAUGUGCGGCCUCCUGCGGAGAAGAGCAGCUUAUCUUCGCCAAUGUCUUGGAGCAGGCAGGGAUGUGCUGGACCUGAGCGGCAACUGCAUGUGUGGUGGAGAGUGUAGCUUAUGGUGA